AUGGAACAUGAAUUAUAUAUGAAUAAGUGGUGUAAUGAUACUCAAUUCAAUACUGAUGCAAUGCUUAUCCAACAAACACCACCAUCGUCACCAAAUAAAAAUUUACAAGAUGAUUCUGAUAAUGAUUCUCUUACAGAUGUAUCAAGUAUUAUUGAAAUAAAAUCAUCAUUGAUGAAUCAUGAUCAAACAUCAAAAUAUAAUAAUGCGUCCAUGGAAUGUAAGUCAACGAUGCAAAACGACACUUCAACACAUGAUCAAUAUGUACCUGAUGAUCAAUUACUUCAAUCAUUAGUUAACUAUGCAAAUAGUUUUAAUUUAGACGAAACUUUGUAUUCAAUAAUACAUUUAAAAAAUCAAUCAGAUGCUACCAAUUCAAAUGAACAAUCAUCAACAAAUUAUGUACCAUCAUUAUUUGAAAAUGAUAGAUUAAGACAGCAUAACUAUUGCGAAGAUCUAAGACAUGACGCUCAAUCAACAAUGAUAAUCAAACAUGAUUCAACUAAAUCAAUACCCUCUCAUUUUUUUUCUCUGAAAAAAAGUGAAGAUGACGAUAAUAAUGAUAAACAUAGUGAUGAUAAUUCAACAGUUAUGGAUGAAUCAAAAUUUGAUUGGGAAUAUUUAUCUAAUCCAAUAGAUUGUUCGAAUAAAUCAUCAACAAAUUUAUUUGAAAAUUAUCAAAAAACGACUAAUCUUAAUGAGACAAAUUCAAAUUAUAUAGAAGAUUUUCAAGAACUAUCUUCAGCUAGUUCGGCAAAUAACAUAUCAUCUUCAUCAAUUAUUAUUCGUGUAAAAACUAAAGAUCCUGCUAUUCAACAAAAUAAAGACAAUCAAUUCUUGCAUCCACAUACUUCAUUAAUAAAACCAGUUCCAAUUAUCAUUCGAGAAAUUUGUCAUAAACCUUCUCCUUGUGAUCGAUCAAUAUCAAACCAUGAUUCACAAACAGUAUCAACUGCUGCUAAUGAAUUUUAUCCAAUUUCGAAAUCAAUUAUCAAGCCAAAACAUAAAAUAAUCUAUAAACCAAUACCACUAACACGACAUGAACAUCAUACAGAUGAACAAUCGAGAAAAAUUAUUAUUGAAUACGAUCAAAUCAAUGUUACCGUUAAUAAAAAUAUCAAACAAAGAAAAGAAAUCAAACGUGUUAAUCCAAAUCAAUAUAUUCAAGAAUAUGGAAAUUCAUUGUACACAAAUGAAGUCUUUCAAAACCUACUAACAAAUAUUAUAGCAUAA